AGAAGGUCAUUCUCAUCAUGAACCAGGUCAACCACACCAAUGUGAAGGAAUUUAUCUUCCUGGAACUUACUCGCUUUCGGGAGCUAGAGUUCCUCUUGUUUGUGGUCUUCCUUGCUGUGUAUGUAGCAACCAUCCUGGGAAAUGCCCUCAUUGUGGUCACUAUCACCUGUGAGUCCCGCCUCCACACACCCAUGUACUUUCUUCUGCGGAACAAAUCGGUCCUGGAUAUUGUUUUUUCAUCUAUCACUGUCCCCAAGUUCCUGGUGGAUCUUUUAUCAGAGAGGAAAACUAUCUCCUACAAUGGAUGCAUGGCACAGAUCUUUUUCUUCCACUUUGCUGGUGGGGCAGAUAUUUUUUUCCUCUCUGUGAUGGCCUAUGACAGAUACCUUGCAAUUGCCAAACCCCUGCACUAUGUGACCAUUAUGAGGAAAGAGGUAUGGUUGGCUUUGGUGAUGGCUUCCUGGGUGGGUGGUGGUUUGCAUUCAAUUGUCCAGGUGAUUCUGAUGCUUCCACUCCCCUUCUGUGGGCCCAACAUUCUGGAUGCCUUCUACUGUGAUGUGCCCCAGGUGGUGAAACUGGCCUGCACUGACACCUUUGCUUUGGAGCUUCUCAUGAUCUCUAACAAUGGACUGGUGACCCUGCUGUGGUUCCUCCUGCUCCUGGGCUCCUACACUAUCAUUCUGGUGAUGCUGAGAUCCCACUCUGGGGAGGGGCGGAACAAGGCCCUCUCCACCUGCACCUCCCACAUCCUGGUGGUAACUCUGCACUUCGUGCCUUGUGUUUACAUCUACUGCCGGCCCUUCACUACUCUGCCCAUGGACACAGCCAUAUCUAUCAAUAACACAGUCAUCACCCCCAUGCUGAACCCCAUGAUCUACACCCUGAGGAACCAAGAGAUGAAGUCAGCCAUGCGGAGACUGCAGAGGAGGCUGGGGCCUUCUGAGAGCAGAAAACUGGGAUAGGCAGUCAGCCUGAGACUGGAGGUCUAAGACUGACUUAGUUUUCUCAAACUGCAAGUCUAAGAAUAAGAGACAGCUAGCUCUUUU